CGUAGGAGCGGCCCUUUCAAUGCAGGCCAGGCCUGGCACACAGAGUCAAGUCAUGUGACCACAUGGUGGGCGCAGCCUGGCCGAGGCCCUAAAAUAGCCCCUGCAGGCAUAUAUAGACACCUCCUGCUCCCUUCACCGCCAGGGGACUCCGUCAGCACCUGACAGGGAGCAUACUGAACAGCUAGAAGGACCGAGCAGCACUGAAGCUUUAAAUACUCACUUCCCUUCUUUCUCUGCUGGAAGAAAGUUCUGGUGGAAUAGCUCAAGGAAUCUGUGAUUUCUAGAAGAGAAUUAAUAACUGGACUGAAGUAAAGCAGCAGGUUUGUGGAGGCCGCAGGACCCAGGGGAAUUUGCCCGGACUGGAUCGCGCUUUCUCUGGAUACUCCUGAUUCCCCGCGGUGGUCUGAUCCCUCGAAGGUCGGGAGCGCUCGCCGGUCGCGGGAAUGAAGUACAGCCUCCAGAGCCUAGUGGACGAGUACACGCGAACCAGCCACUACAAGCCGCCCACGCAGUACACGCCAACGCGCUACACACCAACGAGUUACACACCCACGUACUACUCACCCACGACUUACACACCCACGCUUUACACCCCCACACAUUACACCCCCACACAAUGCUCCUCCGCGCUCUACGCGCCGAAGCAGUCCAGCGCUAAGUCCUCCGCGGCGUCGGGCUAUGCGUCGGAGCAGCGCGCUAGCGUGGGGAACAUGCCGCGGCGCCGCGCGGUACCCAAGUCCGCUCGCGCCGUGCACUUCCCCAACAACGUCGUCUUCCAGGACCACAUCCGGCACGGGGACAUGCAGCAGAUUGGACGGUUCCUCAGGGCCCAGAAAGUCAGAAUAAACAAGCCUUUUCCCUCCGGUAUGGUGGCACUUCACGAGGCUGUGCUCACAGGGAACCUGGACUGCGUGAAACUGCUGGUGACGCAUGGAGCAGACAUUCACCAGCGCGAUGACGAUGGCUGGACUGCUCUGCACAUGGCCUGCAGCGAUGGCUACCCUGAAAUCGCCCGUUUCCUGCUGGCUCAGGGUGCCAGCACGGUGGCGGAGAAUGAUUCCGGGGAAAAGCCGGCGGAUCUCAUCGACCCCGAGUGCAAGGAGCUGGCCAAGCUGUUCGAGGUGGGCUGCGUGUGACCCCCCCCGCCUGCGGCCACCUGGACUCACCCAGCCCGUGACCCUCGCUGGGGCAUUUUAGUCACCAUGGUGACGGGGACGGAAUGGAGAGGUGCGCGGAGCUGACAAACCCGACUCCAGCAGGGCGAGCACGCGAGCUCCGGCGGCACUGACCCACUUUCCCUCUCACCCUUAUCUCUGCACACUUCUGCUUUGUAUUAUUAUCGUUUUUUACCACAUGAACAUUCAACACGUUAUGAAAUGGUGCUGUAUGGUUUGUGUAUGGCGCUUUCCCUCGUACUAUUUUGUACAGCUCUGUUUGAGUAUGAAACGUGACAGCAAUAUGACGCCUUGUAUCCGCAUGCCUGCCCCUCUGAGCCGCAAUGGCCCACUGCUCUGACGAUGUAGCCUCCGUUACGCUUGAUGCCAAUGACACACUUACAGACCCGAUCCAUUUAUCUUCCACAUAAACCUCCAGCCCAGCAUGCCCCCUCCAUCCUCUGCACAGGACCCGCCGCGCUCUCUAAUUACCUUAUUUUAAAUCAGCCGAAAAGGACAAAGGGUCAAAUUAACAGGAAGAGCCAGAAUGGCAGCACCUCUGGGAGAAACAGCACGUUUCCUCUCUGCUGGGCAGAACGAGGAGGACGCUGAUACUUCUCCUCAGAAACGACACUUAAAGGACUCCAGCACAUUGUGCUGCGCGUCGCACCGUUCAUGAAUAUGUACUGUCCUGUGCUGUCAUGGUUACUGCAAGGAGGCGUUGCCCAAGUGUGUCCUGUGUGCUGAAUUUACAUGGAAGUCUGUAGAAGUCUUAAUCUUUAUUUUUUGCUUUUUUAAAAACAAAACACUUUUUUUCAUAAAUAAAGUUGGGUUUCUUAACAAUCCACAGUAAAAA